AUGAAGAUUUUAUAUCUAGUCUUUACGUCAGUUUGUUUCUCGCAAGUAUCUUAUGCUGCCACAGGUACACUAAGGGUGUACGACAAGACAAUUGUCAAUCCAAAGGCAGGUAUUCUCAAAAUCCCAUCAGAUGCUCCUCCAGGGAGCGUUCCGUCUAUCGACAACAAAACCGACAACAGCAUUUCUAUCUAUGGUAACUCGGAUUGUUCAGAGAUUCCAUUGGAAGUGCUGCUACCAGACAGAGCCACUGUUGAUUUCAAGAGCGCGUGGGGAGGCUGCUUGAAGAUUGCAGCAUGA